CCCAUAUUUCUCCUCCCCUUUUUCAGACAAGUUUUAACGCCCUGUGGAUUCAUGGGUGUCUUUCAAUUCACAUCAGCCUGAAUGAGAGCAGUUCGGGGCAUCUGUUGAUGAGGAACAGUCUUUUUUAGCUGCCACUGAGCCUUUGCGGAUAACGGUUCUGCUGGGGUGGCCACAUUUCUAACAUUAGCACUAAAUGAGCAGUGUGGUUAUACUACCAGUCCUACAAUAUCUACGAGUGUAAAAGCCUGUGUGAUUUGUCAUUCAGCUGUUGUCGACAGGAAGCCACUAACAGCAGCCAACUGACAACACCAAGAAGAAUUAGGGUUUCUCUUUCCAUGUGCUGUAAGGAUUAAAGCUUAUCAAGGAGAGCUUAUGGUCUGAAGUCUGCACCCUACAAGAGAUCUUCAAACUCUGGUAGACAACUUGUACCAAGUGGGCUAUGAUUUAAUCUGACAAAGGACCAGACAAGGAUGGGGUUGAUCGGGAGCAAAAACCAGCUGAUGUCCAAUGAGAAACUGACGUCAGGAAGCAAUCCGAAAACCAGGAGUAGACCUCCUCCUGCCCCACCCAAAGGCAGACAAUUUAUCAGCCUCUCUCAUCUAAACCAAGCCUCUGCACAAGAUGACAUCAUUGUGAUUGCACUGUACGACUUUGCUGCUUCAAGUGACCGUGAUCUGGAGCUGGUCAAGGGGGAGAAACUCCAGAUCCUCUCCAAUGAGGGGGACUGGUGGCUGGCCAAAUCCCUACGAAGUGGGAAGAAAGGCUAUAUCCCCAGCAACUUCGUUGCACUAGUAGACAGCCUGGAACAGGAAAAGUGGUUUUUUAAGACUCUGAGCAGAAAAGAUGCUGAACGGCUGCUGUUGUCUUCUGGUAACAAAAUCGGCUCCUUCCUUGUUCGAGAGAGCGAGACCAGCACAGGUGCCUAUUCCUUGUCUGUGAGAGACAGCGAUUCUGCUCAUGGGGAUAUCAUCAAACACUACAGGAUCCGCUCUUUAGAUGGUGGAGGUUAUUACAUCUCCCCAAGGAUGACUUUUGCCACCCUGCCAGAGCUAAUCCAUCAUUACAGCCAGAGGGGAGAUGGUCUGUGCCAGAGGCUCAUGGCUCCCUGCAUAUCCCUGGCUCCCCAGAGGCCCUGGGCACAGGAUGAGUGGGAGAUCCCACGGGAAUCUCUGAAACUUGUGAAGAAGCUUGGCAGUGGGCAGUUUGGGGAAGUGUGGAUGGGCUACUACAAGAACAACUUCAAGGUGGCAGUGAAGACCAUGAAGGAGGGCAGCAUGGACCCUGAUGCCUUCUUGGCAGAAGCAAACUUGAUGAAGAAGCUCCAGCAUAACAAGCUGGUCCGUCUCUAUGCUGUAGUCACAAAGCAGCCAAUUUACAUCGUGACAGAGUACAUGGCCAAUGGAUGCUUGCUGGAUUAUUUGAAGACAGAGGAAGGGAGUCAGCUGAAUCUCCCCAAACUCAUUGAUAUGUCUGCUCAGGUGGCAGAGGGAAUGGCAUACAUUGAGAGAAUGAACUCCAUCCACCGUGACUUGAGAGCUGCCAACAUUCUGGUCUCAGAGACACUCUGCUGCAAAAUUGCUGAUUUUGGCUUGGCCAGGAUCAUUGAGGAUGAAUACUUGGCACAAGAAGGAGCCAAAUUCCCGAUCAAAUGGACAGCACCAGAAGCCAUUAACUUUGGAGUUUUCACCAUCAAGUCUGACGUGUGGUCUUUUGGGAUCCUCUUAACUGAAAUCAUAACCUACGGCAGGAUCCCUUAUCCAGGAAUGACCAACCCUGAGGUGAUUCGCAACCUGGAGCAGGGUUACCGCAUGCCCUGCCCGGACCUGUGUCCAGCUGAGCUCUACAGCAUCAUCCUGAGAUGCUGGCGAAACAAACCUGAGGAACGCCCGACCUUCGAGUACCUGCAGUCUGUCCUUGAGGACUUCUACACAGCCACAGAGAAGCAGUAUGAGGCAGAACCUCAGCCAUAAGCCACCGGCACCUGGGGACAGAGGAAAGCAACCAUCCUGCACAGUGCCUUUCACAGCAGAACCACAGGCAGCUUUGCCCCUCAUGGAGGACGAUGCAGCUUUGCCAGGACAUCAGAAGAAACCCUCCAAAUCAGCAUUAGUGGGAGCAGACAACUGUGGUUACAUUGACCAGUCCAACAAACCCACCAUCUCCAUCUUCACAGUCUUGCUCCUGGGCCUCCUGAGCAAUAUGUGAGCAGAGCCUGGUGCUAACUUGGGAUUAAACAGUCUUGGUCCACUUGUUUUUUAUUAAUGAUAAGGCACGCUGCAAAUAAAUACAGCUGAAAUAGAAACGACUCCUGUGGAUCUUUUAUGCUGGAACAAACAGGGUAGGAGAGUUCCAGGGUAUCUGCAAAACACUUGUGCGUUUCAUUAUCACCCAAGGCCAAAGAGUCAAGUAUUGUAGCUCAAUUUAGAAAGGAACUGGGUAUUUUUAUGGCCAGUAACAACACGUGGCCAAGCCCAGGGUGAACAUAACAAAGUAGAGGCAGAAAGUUGCAUUUCCUUUGCACUGGACAUCAUGACCUCAAUUAACUAUGUGUUGAAUUUGUUCCCUGCCACACCUGUGACAAAUGGAUGGGACAGACACUCACCUGGCUUCGUAGUUCCAGGUACAGAAACAACUUGCAUUGCUUCCUUC